AAUUAAUGUAAUCCCUAUUUUGACAGAUGUCUCUUGAGAGGCUGGAACUCGAUGUUGCACUGAAGCUGGCGUUUGUGCAGAACUCUCUCACCAAAGUGGAAGAAUAUCGCCAGCACCUCCAGGAAAAUGACCAAAAAGUAAAGGAUGAAAUCCACGAGAUAGUGGAACGUCACAUUGGAGCAUUGAGAGGAAGGGAGCGACAGUUGGUACGGCAAGUGGAGGUUGUUACAGCUCAUCAGACUUGCCUGCUGGGAACUCAGCAAGCUGGGUUAAUGCAUGGUAAAGGAGCUCUCCUGGCUACACGAGAUCUUCUCAUGCGUUGCACUGAGGCUGAUACUAGCACCCUUGAGAAGAUUAAAGUGGAUGAUAUGGAUUGCUUGAAGGAUGUUGUACAUGUGAAGCGUGUGGCAGUACAGUUGGACGAGACUGCACUCUGCUCUGCUAUUUCGGAAUUUGGUUCUGUCCAGCUGCCAGAUGCUAUCACUCACCACCCAUCACCUGUCAUCCCAGCAAAAGUUGAGGAAUAUGAAGAUGAUGAACAUGAUGUGUUGCACAAGAGUGUUGCUGGAGCAGCUUCUGGGCCAGACACACCUGUGCGCAUCACUGUCCAGUUACCUUGUCUGUCAAAUCAAAAUUGGCUUGCUCAACAGAAGGAACAAAAUUUCAGUUCAGCUGACUCCUCAAAGAUCCUGGUAUGCGAGAUCGAGCCUUUGUUGCUAUUGCGUGCAUCUAUAUGUUUGCUUAUGGAAACUCUAACAGGCUUUAAAGUAACAGUUCAUGUGACUGCUUAA